AUGCGCUCACUCCAGGUGACAUCCGAAAGCUCUUCAGACACAGUAGCACGGGACCAUCAGGAGAAGCUGGAUGCCAGUGCAGAACCGGCCACGACGGCGAACAGCAAGCCGGGGCCGGUAAGCCGGCCCAGACAAAGCCAGAGCGCUGCCUUCCGCAACGGCGCUCGCCGCCUCCAGCGGGGCCGGGCACAGCUCUCCGUGUUCAGCGUGCUCAUCCUCCCCCUCCUGGUCAUGCUGGUGGUGGCCACCUUCCUCUGGAACGGGCUGGUCUUGGCCACCAUCCUCCGGGUGCGUACUUUCCACCGGGUGCCCCACAACCUGGUGGCCUCCAUGGCGGUCUCCGACGUGAUGGUGGCGGCCCUCGUCAUGCCCCUGAGCUUGGUGCAUGAGUUGUCGGGGCGGCGGUGGCGGCUGGGCCGGUUGCUGUGCCAGAUGUGGAUCUCCUUCGACGUGCUGUGCUGCACUGCUAGCAUCUGGAACGUCACGGCCAUCGCCCUGGACCGCUACUGGUCCAUCACCCGCCACCUGGAGUACACGCUCCGCACCCGGCGCCGCAUCUCCAACAUAAUGAUCGCCCUCACCUGGGCCCUUUCUGCCUUCAUUUCCUUGGCCCCACUGCUCUUUGGCUGGGGGGAGACUUACUCAGCGGACAGUGAGGAGUGCCAAGUCAGCCAGGAGCCAUCCUACACCAUCUUCUCCACCUUCGGCGCCUUCUACCUGCCCCUGUGCGUGGUGCUCUUUGUGUACUGGAAGAUCUACAAAAAACGGAAGAGCAACUCCAUCACCCCCAUUACCCCAGAAGCCCUAGAGGUAAAGGAAGCUGCCCAACAGCCACAGAUGGUCUUCAAUGUCCGUCAUGCUACCGUUACAUUCCAGACAGACGGAGACACGUGGAGAGAGCAGAAGGAGAAGAAAGCUGCCCUCAUGGUGGGCAUUCUCAUUGGGGUCUUCGUGCUCUGCUGGAUCCCCUUCUUCAUCACAGAGCUCAUCAACCCUCUCUGCUCAUGCGACAUUCCACCCAUUUGGAAGAGUAUUUUUCUAUGGCUAGGCUAUUCAAAUUCCUUUUUUAAUCCACUGAUCUACACUGCUUUCAACAAAAACUACAACAAUGCCUUCAGAAACCUGUUCUUUAGGCAGCACUGAGCAGGAAAAGAGAAGCUUUCCCACUUCCCCAGGAGGCUGAUUUCAACACUUAAUGAAUCUUACCAAACUCUUGAGGAAGUUCAAAGCCACAGAUGAUGCUAAAGCUUUAUACCUAUGGGUCAUAUCACAGACCCAGCAAUGGUCUCAGUUCCUACGCAGACUCUCUGUCCCAGCUUCUAAGUUGGUUGCUAUUUUUCCUGCAAACAGCAUGCAAGGGUUUCUCUGGCCAGCAAUGAAGCAUUCUUGUUCCGGUCCCCGACUGCUGUCCUCCCACCCUCAUAGUGACAUUCUUGGAACGUUUGGUGGCAGUAAUGAGGCAGAGGAGUCUUGUGGAAAAGAGUCAUAUUUGAAACUCCAGAUUGAUCCACUGCUGCCUGGUCUCUCAGAAUAUUAAUCACCUUUGUCCCAUGUGUAAAGUUGGGACCCUUUAAUGUCCUGGGAUGUUUUGUGAUUGUAUAUGAAACUAGGUAUUUUCUAAUUUGGUUGAGAAGACUGUUUUUUCUUGUCUUUCACAGGUAGAGAUUGUCAAGUUUUUGCAUUGGGUGCAUAAAACCCUCAGUAAGGGUCAAAAGCAAACUCCAAAUGAAAAAGCCGUUUCUCAUACCCUUUAUCAACAAUGGAUUGUGCUUUUUGCUAUUGGAUUCCAUGUAGCAAGCUUUUAAGAAAUUAUUUCUUGUGGAAGCUUAAUGCAUGGUAUACACUAGAAUGAGCAAGAAUGCGUGGGAAAUCCCCCACUCAUUCCCUGACUGCCAAGUGUAAGCAUCUGCCUCAGACCUUUACUUUCUGAGUUCAGAAAUAUUCAGGUGCUCCUUAGCUGUCAAUAUGAAACUUUGUGUCUGUGUUUCACAAAAGAGAUCGUUCUAGAACAUGGAAUAUUCUAGAACAGCUUCAAAGACCUAUCUUGUAUCGUCAUCUUCCCAUUUAUAAAACAGAAUCAGUGGUGCGAAGAGAUCUACCUUGCUGAGGCUUUGUGAGGGUUAAUUAGUAAACGUUUAUUAUGUAGCAGGAAGGUGGAACGCUGGUAUAAAUGCUGAGUAGCAUUAUAAAUUGGGCUUCUAUUUAAUUUCUCAGAAGAACAUUAUUAUCCGUUAUUACUGAGUAUUUUGAGCAGUUGUGGGGCUGAUUUCUUGUGGUUGCUGGGAGAUGCAAGGGGUGUAUUUCAGAUUGCAUAUCACUGAGGAGCGGGUUUUGACUACAUAUGAAUGUGAUCCAGGUCUUGCUAAAGUCACAAGAGAGAGCCUUCUUAGUUUCGAUGAGCACUGGUUUGCAAGAAAAGUGCAGUUAAUGACCAACAGUUUGAUAUUGGAAGCAUAAUAAAUCCACAGAAAUAAUUUACUGCAAAGACCAGACUUAAUUCGUCUUUGCCCUCGUCUCCCUCUCUUCUCCUUCCCAUAAGCUCCAGUCCUGCCUGCUGGUUAUUGCUAGUUGCCUCCCUGUCUUUCCAUGUUGCCAACGUAAUUACAGUGGUUAACAUUUCACUCCUAGAAUUAGAAUUAUACACUUCAUGCUGCGUCACUGGAAGAAUGACAGGCCUUCAGAAAAAGAAAAGCAUUAGUUUUAACUAUCAAUUUUUAAAGGGCACCCCUGAAAUCAGGCUGGAACUGAAAUGAUGGGAAAAAAGGCAAGAGGGGAACUGGAGUGACGUGAUUUCAUGUCAGAUAUAAAAUAGCAGAGCUAAAAGGGAAAAAACAUCUAUAAAUCACUAGAAAGCUCCCUGGUGGUGGGUAGGAUUAGUCCUUAUUCUUAGUGGAUCACAAGUCAUCAAAUGUUAAAGUUGUCACAGGUCCUUUAAACCAGUCAAAAAUCCUGGUAUAGUUGGUAAGAAAUACCUUUUUCUUCUCAUGUUUUGAGACAGGAGAAAAUGCACAUAUCUCAAGGUGCUGUCAGGUUUUGCAUCUCUUUCAGGACAAGUUAGACAAACAUCUACCGGGAGUGAUACAGAUGUAGUUGAUCCUGCCUCGAGGCAAGAGGGGGGAUAAGAUGGCCCGUGAGAACUUUUUCAACUCUGUUUUAUAAAAGUCUAUUAGCAAUUUUAGGUAAAAUCCUGCCCUUACUGAAGGCAAUGGACAAAUUCACAGUGACUUCAAGAAAAUCAGAAUUUUUUCCAGCUUGCCUUGUCUUAUGAAAGGAUUGUCUUAAUGAUAAUUAAUUCAAGGAGAAGAUGGGUGGGAUGGGAACAGUCUUCUGACUCUGCUCAAAUGGAGUGUCUGAUCAAGCUUUUGUGCUACAGCUAGUAAGAAGCCUUUUCUUUUUUUCAUUACUUAGUUUUAAACUAUUAUCAGUGACAUCUUUGGCAUAUCAGAAAUGUUAAUAAACUCUUGAGCCACUUUUUUGGCAUAGAUAAUAAGGUAGCAUUGCUCUCUUUGAACAGUCCAUCACCAGUGCAAAGUUGUUCUUUGUGACAGCUUACUACUUUUGUCAUGUGAAGGGCUGUUCAGCCAAAAAUGAGUUGGAGAAAAUACUUCCUUCUCCGGCCAGCCCUUCAGUUAAGCUUGCCAAUGUCUAAAAGUAGAAGGUGGGCUGUUUAUUUCAUCUGAACAGCAUUGCUCUGAAGUACAACUGAUGCACUUCUAAAAGCUGUUACGCUUUUAAGCCUUUUAAAACCUUCUUUAGUUCUGAAAGAGGAGAAAUAACUUUAAAGCUAAACAUGGGGAAAAAUUGUCCCAAAUUUAUUAUGUUAAUUGAUUAGACAGCUCUUCAUCUGUAUAUCAUUAGUAUCUCCCUGCUAUUCCUGUUUUUAAAAUUUUUACACCACCAUGGCUUCAAUAACUCUAGCACUAAGUGUUUAAACACUCAAGCAAGGGUUAACCAGGAAGUUGGAGGGACUGGGGACUUUAGUCCACCAUUUUAACACAUGAAAUCACAUCUACACAACCCCCUGUUUCAGUCAGGGCUGUGUCCAUCCCGCUAUUAUUUGCUCUGUAAUAAAUAUUGUAGAUUCUCUGUCAUUCCUACUGUUCUGUUUUGUGGGGAAUCUUUGCGCUGGCCAUGGAAAAACUGCCAAAUCAAAUGUCUAUCCUGUAUAAGUAGACACAAAUUCAUCUGAAAUC